CCUGCAGCUGCCGCCGCCGCCGCCGCCCCGGGGCGAGAGUGACGGCGGCAGCGGCAGCGAAGAGGGCGGCGAGCCUUGCCGCCGAGAGUUCGUCGAGGCCCCCCCGCCCAAGGUGAAUCCGUGGACGAAAAACGCGGGGCCGACGGCUUUGGUCACUGUGAACGGACAGUCCCCGCCAGAGCAUUCUGCUCCGGCCAAAGUGGUGAGGGCAGCCAACCCAAAACCUCGAAAAGGCAGCAAGGUUAGUGAUUUUGGAGAUGCUACCAACUGGCCCACACCUGGAGAGAUAGCCCACAAGAGUGUCCAGCCCCAGCCCCAUAAGCCAGCUCCUCUUCGCAAACCACCCCCAAAGAAGGACAUGAAGGAACAGGAAAAAGGAGAGGGAAGUGACAAUAAGGAAAGUCCAAAGGCCAAGUCAGAUGAAUCUGGAGAAGAAAAGAAUGGGGAUGAUGAUAGCCAGAAAGCUGGGCAGAAGAAGAAAGGGAGCAAACACAAGUGGGUUCCAUUGCAAAUAGACAUGAAAUCAGAUGUGGCCCGGGACAAAACUGCUUUACGUACCAAUCGCCAGAAUGAACAGCUUCGCCAUCCCUCUGCCAGCCGUGGUGAGGUCAAAGGAACUGGGGAAGAAAGGAGCUAUCCCCCAGGCCCCCCCUCUUCCCCGGGGUGGCAUCCGGACAACAAACAGGAAAGGGCCUGGCCUGACCAUGAUGAGACGUCAAGCGUGAAGAGUGAGGGGGGAGCCAUUCGGGGCGCGUUCCGGGGCCGAGGCCGGGGGCGAGGCAGAGGCCGGGGUCGAGGCCGGGGCAACACUCGAUCCCACUUUGAUUACCAGUACGGCUACCGAAAGUAUGACUGCUCUGAUGGCUCUCGAACCCCCAAGUACCAAAGUAACAUCACCUAUUAUUUUGACAAUGUGAGCAGCAAUGAUCUAUAUAAUGUGGACCAGGAGCUGCUGAAAGACUACAUCAAGCGACAGAUUGAAUACUACUUCAGUGUGGACAACUUAGAGCGAGACUUCUUCCUACGACGUAAAAUGGAUAAUGACGGAUUCCUUCCUAUCACCCUCAUUGCCUCUUUCCACAGAGUGAAGGCCCUAACCACUGAAGUGGGCCUCAUCAUCCAGGCCCUAAAGGAUAGCAAGGUGGUUGAGAUUGUAGAGCAGAAGAUCCGAAGGAAGGAGCAACCUGAGAAGUGGCCCCUGCCAGGACCCACAAUGACAGAUUAUUCCCAGACUGACUUUUCUCAGCUCAUCAACUGCCCUGAAUUUGUGCCCCGACAGAGUUUCCAGAAGGAGACAGAAUCAGCACCAGGCUCUCCCCGCUCCGCCACUCCUGUGCCAACCAAGACAGAGGAGGUCAGCAACCUAAAGACACUACCCAAAGGCCUAUCAGCCAGCCUCCCUGACCUGGAUUCAGAGAAUUGGAUAGAGGUGAAGAAGAGGCCUCGGCCCUCUCCAGCAAGACCCAAGAAAGCAGAAGAGCCCAAGUUCUUACAGCAGACAGCUCCACUUCAGCAACUGAAAUCAAAGGACCAAGAUGAGCCAGAAGAGUUGGACUUCUUAUUUGAUGAGGAGAUGGAACAGAUGGAUGGGCGGAAGAACACUUUCACUGAUUGGUCAGAUGAGGACUCAGACUAUGAGAUAGAUGACAGGGAUGUCAACAAGAUCCUCAUUGUCACACAGACUCCACCAUACUUACGGCGCCACCCUGGAGGCGACCGUACUGGUAACCAUACCUCUCGGGCCAAGAUGAGUUCAGAGCUGGCCAAAGUUAUAAAUGAUGGGCUUUUCUACUAUGAGCAGGAUCUGUGGACAGAGAAAUUUGAACCUGAAUACUCCCAGAUCAAGCAAGAAGUUGAGAAUUUCAAAAAGGUAAACAUGAUCAGCCGGGAGCAAUUUGAUACAUUGACCCCUGAGCCCCCCGUUGACCCUAAUCAAGAAGUCCCACCUGGACCUCCACGAUUCCAGCAAGUUCCCACAGACGCCUUAGCCAACAAGCUGUUUGGUGCCCCUGAGCCCUCAACCAUUGCCCGAUCUCUGCCAACCACUGUCCCUGAGUCACCAAACUACCGCAACACCAGGACACCUCGGACACCCCGCACCCCCCAACUCAAAGAUGCAAGCCAGACAUCCCGAUUUUACCCAGUGGUGAAGGAAGGACGAACGAUAGACGCUAAGAUGCCCCGAAAAAGGAAGACACGGCAUAGCUCAAACCCACCCAUGGAGUGUCAUGUGGGAUGGGUCAUGGAUUCCCGUGAGCACAGGCCCCGGACAGCUUCCAUUAGCUCCAGCCCCUCGGAGGGCACGCCAGCUGUUGGCAGCUACGGCUGCACCCCACAGUCACUACCCAAGUUCCAGCAUCCUUCCCACGAGCUGCUCAAAGAGAAUGGCUUCACACAACAUGUCUACCACAAGUAUCGUCGGCGCUGCCUUAAUGAGCGGAAACGGCUGGGCAUUGGCCAGUCCCAGGAGAUGAAUACUCUUUUCCGCUUCUGGUCCUUCUUCCUCCGGGAUCACUUCAACAAGAAGAUGUAUGAAGAGUUUAAGCAGCUGGCUGUGGAAGAUGGCAAGGAGGGAUACCGGUAUGGUUUGGAGUGCCUUUUUCGAUAUUACAGUUAUGGUCUGGAAAAGAAGUUCCGACCAGAUAUAUUCAAGGAUUUCCAGGAUGAGACUGUGAAAGACUAUGAAGCGGGGCAGCUGUAUGGACUGGAAAAGUUCUGGGCCUUCUUAAAAUAUUCCAAAGCCAAAAACUUGGAUAUUGACCCCAAACUUCAAGAAUACCUCGGCAAAUUCCGACGUCUAGAAGAUUUCCGAGUGGAUCCCCCCAUGGGUGAGGAAGGCAGCCACAAGAGGUACGCAGCGCCGGCAGGAGGAGAAGUCAGGAAACGGUAUCCGUCCCAGUCUUCCAGCAAACCGGCCACAGCACCUAGCCAAGCCCACAUCCCACCUGCCAGCCAGUCUGCAAGGGAAGAUGCCAAAAUAUCAAGCCAGCCCUCAGACAUGCAGACUUUGGGAAAGUGAAGGGCUAUUUCCCACUUGGACUAGGGGAAGAAAGGGGACAUGAGAAUGGAGAGGUUGGAAUGAAGGUGGAAAAUCCAAGAACAGGCCACUACAGUGCACACAACUUGACAACAAGAGACUGGCUUCUGGCCACUGUGAUGACCCAUCAAAAGGAGACUCCCAUCCCCAUCCCUCCCCUUUCCCUCCCUUUCCCUUACAAGUCUUCAUGUCUUAGCUUAUUCGGCCUGGGGUGGGAAGGGGAGAGUUUGAGAGAGAUAUAGAUAUAUAUAUAUAUAGAUAUAUAUAUACGUGUG